CUGAGUUUAAGAAACAAUGAAAACAUAGUAUAUAACAUAAAUGACUAUGGCUUCUGAGUUUUGGCUGAUUUCUGCUCCAGGGGAAAGAACUCCAGUGCAGACAUGGGAGACAUGCAAAGCAAAAACAAAUGGCUUAUCACUUAAUUACAAAUUUAAUUUGCCAGAGUUAAAGGUUGGAACGUUAGACACAUUAGUUGGCUUGUCAGAUGAUUUGGGAAAACUUGAUGUGCAAGUGGAGAGCAUUGUGCGAAAGGUUGCAGGUUAUUUUGCCGAAGUUUUAGAAGAACAAAAAGAUAAAGUUUUGGAAAAUUUGCAAGUCAAUGGAAUGGACCCUGCACUGUACUUGGUGAAGUUUAACUGGGAUUCUGCUAAAUACCCUAUCAAACAAUCAUUACGAAAUCUCUCAGAAAUUAUCAGCAAGCAAGUCAGUCAGAUUGAUAGUGACCUGAAGACUAAAGCCUCAGCAUACAACACUAUCAAGGCUAACCUGCAAACAUUGGAGAGAAGGGAAACAGGGAGUUUACUGACACGCAACCUGAAUUCACUGGUGAAGAAAGAACAUUUUGUGUUGGGAAGUGAAUAUUUACAAACUCUUCUUGUUAUUGUUCAAAAAAAUAAUUCACAAGAAUGGGAGCAGACAUACGAGAAAUUGACAGACAUGAUCGUACCGUCAUCCACACAGAUGGUAACAAGUGACAACGAACAUUGCUUGUACACCGUGACACUGUUCCGUAAAGUGAUUGACGAAUUUAAACACCAUGCCAGAGAAAAAAAGUUUGUUGUGCGAGAUUUUGUGUGGGAUGACAAUGCUAUAGCAGCCAGUAAAGAAGAACUCACUAAACUUAACCAAGACAAAAGAAAACAUUUUGGUCCACUUGUUCGUUGGUUGAGAGUAAACUUUGGUGAAGUUUUUAUUGCGUGGAUACAUGUCAAGGCGUUACGUGUAUUUGUCGAAUCAGUGUUACGUUAUGGUCUUCCUGUCAACUUUCAAGCCAUGAUACUACAGCCAAAUAAAGGAAAAAAUAGAAAACUUCGUGACACAUUGGAUAGUUUGUAUUCAUACCUGGAUGGUCAACAGUCUGAUGAGAAAGGAGAGCACGUCGACAUACCUGGUGUCAUGAUGGCGCAACACGAAUACUUCUCUUAUGUUUACUUCAACAUCAAAAUGAAUCUUCUCGAUCGUUAGAAAAAAACUAAUGCACGUUUUUAUCCUCUGAAAUUUGUUAUAGUGAAUGUGUCCACCGUUUUGCUGUGCGGAUAUUCCUGUAUCUUCAUUUUACUUCUUAACAAUAAAGCACGAUUUAAAUUC